AAUGAUCCCAAGCAAUGUACAGAUUUAUUAGAACAAGCAAAACGAGUGGAAGCCGCGACAACACUCACCCAACCAACAGUCACACCGACCACUGAAACAAUGGAAGAAAGCACCACAGCUGCUCUUCACCGAACAAACAAUACUCAAAAUUUUCGUCGAGAUGCGUAUUAUAAUCGAAAUUAUCCCCGUUAUUCAAAUUAUGAUCGCCGAUGGCCACAACAACAAAAUUCCGUUACCUAUCAACAGUCUCCACUUAGCCAAUUAAUAUCUACAGAACGCUAA